ACUGCCUCGCGAGGCCAGAGGACAUGACGCAGGGUCUGGGUCCUGGUUUGGGCAGCGAGGAGAAUGUUCAGGUGAAGGCUGGUGGCAUGACACUGACACCAGGCUGCGGUGUGGACCUAGCGAAUCAGCCAUCUCUAUCGCCUUCCUGUGAGGCCCAGUGACCACUCCAGAUUUCCAAGAGCAGCUAAUAGCUAACCGUGAGCACACCAGUCUCGAACCAACGGUGUUUAUUUAGAAUCUAGUUUUCAGCUAUCUUUAUUUUAACUGACUCUCACUCGAAGGAAAAUGUGAAGGAGAGAACAUGACUGCUGGUUCAGUGUGUGCCCCUCAGAUCAUACCACUGCGAGUGCCUCAACCUGGAAAAGCUAACCAUGAAAUUGAUACCAAUACACUUUUGGAAAUGAAAUCCGACACCCCAGAUGUCAACAUUUAUUACACUCUGGAUGGCAGCAAACCUGACUUCCUAAAGAAAGUUGGUUCUGGUGAAAAUAAUACAUUUAAAUAUGUAAAACCUAUUACUCUGCCUGAUGGAAAAAUUCAAGUUAAAGCUGUUGCUGUCUCUAAAGACUGCAGACAGAGUGGAAUUGUGACUAAGGUAUUUCAGGUGGACUAUGAACCACCGAAGAUGGUCUCUUCUGAAGACAAUGUUGAAGAUGCUCUCAAGGGGUUCUCGAAGCAGGAAUUAAAAAAUGGGUUUGUCGGACCAAAACUAAGGAAGAAGUAUAAGAAUGCUGAAAAUAAAUCAACUUGGAACGUUAACCUUAGACGGCUUGCAGACCUCAAGGUAGGCGAAAGAGCAGACCCUAAAACUCUGAAAGAUCUUCGCUUCGCAGAGAGUCCACUGGAAAUCCCAGCCUACCAUGAGGGAGCGAGUGCUCGACUGCCUACUCACCAGGCCCAGUCCCCUGGCUUUGCACACAUAACUGGCCAGAAGAGUCUGACGAGCACCGAGAUCAUGAGGGUCCAGAGGGAGACAGACUUCCUUAGGUGUGCCCACUGUCUGGCUUCCCGUCCAUCUGAUCCAUUUGCUCGCUUCUGUCACGAAUGUGGUGCUCCUGUCCCACCCAUAUUUGGCUAUCGUCUUCCACCCCCAGAAGGGGCUCAGAUGGGCCUGUGUGCAGAAUGUGGCAGCGUGGUUCCCACGAACACCCCCAUCUGUGUGGUGUGCGAAGCUCCUCUUGCUCCACAGCUGAGGCCACAGGCCAGCCUCUACUUGAAGGAGAGGGUGAUCUGUCGCACCUGUGGCACUGGGAAUCCUGCUCAUCUGAGAUACUGUGUCACCUGUGAGGGGGCCCUGCCUCCAACACAAGAGCAGUGGCUGUGCAAUGGAGAUGAAGUCCCUCAUCCGCCCGCUCGAAAUGGGGAGACCAUUUCCUGCUCCAGGUGCGGCUGCCAGAACCUCUGGGAGGCAUCCUUCUGUGACUGGUGUGGAGCCAUGCUUGGCAUUUCUGCUAGCCACUCUGUCUGCCCAAAAUGUGGGGCCAGCAAUCAUCUGACUGCCCGAUUCUGUGGCUCCUGUGGUAUCUACGUGAAGUCCAUAACAAGAUUUAGAAUGCAUAACAGCUUGGCCAUAGUUGCUGGAGGGCCUCGCCCAUUCCCUGAGCCCCGAUCUGCCUGGCAGUCCCUAAACGUCCCUUUGCCCACAUCUGCCAGUGGGUCUAAGAAGGACAUGGGCACUCAGACCUCUGGCCUGUUCUACCCAUCUGGCAAGCUCCUGGCAAAGAAGGAACUGGAGGUGGCUUCUCACAGGCAGAGGCAGGAGAAGAUGAGUGACCACAGGCCGGUCCUCACAGCCGUCAGCCCGGGAAGAGGCUACUGGAGAAAACAGUUGGAUCACAUCUCUGCUCACCUCAGAUCCUAUGCUCAGAAUAACCCUGAAUUCCGGGCCUUGAUUGCAGAGCCCAGGAUGGGGAAGCUUAUCUCUGCCACUGUCCAUGAAGAUGGCUAUGAAGUUAGCAUCAGACUGAACUAUAUUCAAGUCUCAAACAAGAGCCUGUAUUUCAACAAGUCGGUGAAUCUCAGUGACCACUUUCUGAGCAGUGUCACCGAAGGUGGAAACGGGCUGUAUGACAGCAGGUCCAGCUUGGUAAGUGCCUAUAGCCAGAGCAUCGCAGACAACCCCGAAAGUGUCAAGAAGAUGAAGAAUCUCAAGGCUAAAAGCUUCCUUGGAAACCCAGAGCCACUCACACCUGAAAACAAACUCCUGCUGGAGGAAGUUGGCUCCUCAGGGAAAGGAAGACUGUCUGUGCUGGAACAGCUGCUGGAUGAAGUGAGUGCCAUCAGAACGGGCCUCUCUUCAGAGAUCAGCCUGGGAGCAGACCCUAACUGCUGUGAUAGUCAAGGUCGACCUGCUGUUAUUGUGGCUGUUGUGAAUAAACACUAUGAAGCCAUUCCAGUCCUCGCUCAGAGAGGAGCAGACAUCGACCAGCAGUGGGGACCGUUCAGAAAUACAGCUCUUCACGAAGCAACUCUACUUGGCCUGGAAGGAAGGGAGAGCAUCGCCACUUUACUGGGAUGCAAUGCAAACACCCAAAAGAAGAACACAAGAGGCCAGACAGCAUAUGACAUCGCUCUGGAGAUGGGGGAUGACCUCACCUCUUCUCUCUUUGCCACUAAGUUCACCCAAGGUCUGGAGGACCAACUUUCUCCACCUGGGAACCACAUCCUAGGAGACAGUUAGAUCUGAGGGGUCAGGAGGCUGCAGGGACUGCCCGGCUACAGCUGGGCUUAGUUUCAGAAUGUGUAUUUAAGUGUAAGAAUUAGGGUUGAAAAGAACUCUAAGACUGUGUGUGUGUGUGUGUGUGUGUGUGUGUGUGUGUGUGUGUGUGUGUAUGUGCGCGCGCGCAUCUCUG